AUGCCCUGCCCUGUCUGCCCAAGCCCGCCCACUUCAUACAUAGACAGACAGACAGACGGGGAAAUUCACUUUGGGAGAAAGCAAAGUCUCCGCUGGCGCGCUCUGCCAAUCCCAGCCCGCCACGAAAAUGAUGGCAGUCUCACCCGCCCUUCCACCCGGCAGGAGAACGCCGUCAACGGCGACCAGCUGUGGAUGGAGACCAGCUGCUCGGGCGAACUCUGCUACCUCGGGGAGGACGCCUGCCUGCUCAAGGCUGCGAAGUCUGCCCCCAGGAGGAAGUGCGCCGCCUGCAAGAUCGUCGUCCACACCAGCUGCACCGAGCAGCUGGAGAAGAUCAACUUCAGGUGCAAGCCGACUUUCAGGGAAGGAGGCUCGCGGUGCCUGCGAGAUGCAAGUCUCCCGACGGGAGGUCCGAGCGGGGCCAGGUGUAAGGCGGCGCCGUCUGCUCUCUGCCGGCAGAACGUGCUGAGGCACCACUGGGUGCACCGCCGGCGCCAGGACGGCAAGUGCAAGCAGUGCGGGAAGAGCUUUCAGCAAAAGUUCUUCCACAGUAAAGAAAUCGUCGCCAUCAGCUGUUCGUGGUGCAAGCAGGCUUUCCACAACAAGGUCACGUGCUUCAUGCUGCACCAGAUCGAGGAACCGUGCUCGCUGGGCGCCCACGCCGCCGUCAUCGUGCCUCCGUCCUGGAUCAUCAGAGUCAGGAAACCGCAGAGCUUGCUCAAGAACUCGGCCAGGAGGAAAAAGCGCACGUCUUUCAAGCGCAGGACCAGCAAGAAGGGGCCGGAUGAGUCCAAAUGCCGGCCGUUCAUGCUGAAGCCGCUGCCCUCGCCGCUCAUGAAGCCCAUCCUGGUCUUCGUCAACCCCAAGAGCGGAGGCAACCAGGGCGCCAAGCUGCUCCAGAUGUUCAUGUGGAUCCUGAACCCGCGGCAAGUCUUUGACCUGUCGCAGGGCGGCCUUCGGGAGGCAGGGCGACAAAGCUGUAAGAUCAUCGCCACCAGAGGGCGACAAAACUCAGAGCUAAUGGCAAAAGGACGCGUUGAAAUUCAUGACCCUUUGGCCAACCUCAACGACCUGAGCAGGCCAGACGCAGACAACCUGCAAGACACGCUGGCGUUUCGGCUCCUGAUGGCGUACACCAAGAGGAGACGGCGGCGGUGGGAGAAGAAGAGCCAGACGUCCGUCGAGGACGGGGCUCCGGACUCGACUUGCACGUGGUUGCUGCCGGCCGAGAGCCAAGAAGAAGCGCCGCCGCCAAAGACCAAGAGGAAAAAAGCGCCUGUCGAACAUUUUGAUGUGCAUCAAGCCACAGCCGGACAAAUGUCACCAUGAGGCCGAAGGCGAAAAUGCAGUUGUGGAACGCUUUGGAGCUUUUCAAAGCGGUAAGGAAGCAACAAUCCUUCCUCCUGUGCCAAGACACACAAAGAGAUUAAAAUAACGUUCCCACUAUCCCACGGUGACAAGACAUAGUACACAAUAUACAUACAAGUAAACAACAGCAAAAAAAUAAAACCCAGAAGGCACAAACAAUGAAGAAAUAAGCGUGAUGAAUAGUGAUCAUAAAUCAACAAAUGACACAAUAAAUAAGAGGAGCAAAAAUGCAACAAGUCUGCAUACAGCAGACAGUCAGAAUAGAGCGCAAAAGUACAGGACGCUACGCAGCCGAGGGCGGAGACUUCAGGAUCCGAACAGCCCGGAGAAUGAAGCUGUUGGUGAGUCUGGUGGUGCGAGAGCGAGCCCAGGCUCCUGUAGCUCUCUCUUCCCUCCCAGAGGGCAGGAGAGCAAACAAAGAGCGAGCGGGGUGACUCACAUCACUCACAAUCGCGGUCGUGAGACGGGAGGUGUAAAUCUCCUUCAGGGACAUCCAAUCAUCUUACCAGCCGUGUUCACUAUGCGCUGCAGGGCCUUCAUGUUUUAUUCAGUGCAGCGAUCCAACUGGAGAGGACGUUCUCAAUGGUGCCACGGUAGAAUGUGGUCAUGACGGCCGGAGGAGCACUUGCUCGCCCGAGUUGCCGCAGGAAGUACAGGCGGCGCUAAGCUUUCUUCCCCAGUGAUGCGGUGUUGGUGGACCAGGAGAUGAUGUGCACCCCCAGGAAU